CUCCCACCAUCAUUGAUUUUUUUGUUUUUGUAGGGUUUUAUAUGAAUUUGGUUUUCAAAUAAAUCAGAAAAAAAACUUUUGAAUACCGGUGAAACUGAUUUGUUGAUUGGUGUUGAAGCUAAUUCCAGCAAGUUUGAAAACCUCGAAUGAACAUGAUGACAGAAACGGAAGAUCAAACAAUGUCAGUCCCAUCAAAUUUGCAACAACAUCAACCAGCCACAUUGGAAACGACAAACAAUUCCAAUAUGAUUAAUGUAAAACCACGAACAGAAACUAUUGAUCUUUCGGAUACAUCAUUAUUGGUGGACAUAUCGGAUGCUCUUAGUGAACGUGAUAAAGUUAAAUUCACUGUCCAUACAAAGACAACAUUACCUGAAUUUAAAAAGAAUGAAUUUUCAGUGGUUAGACAACAUGAAGAAUUUAUUUGGCUACACAAUAGUUUGGUUGAAAAUGAAGAUUAUGCCGGUUAUAUAAUACCACCAGCACCACCACGUCCAGAUUUUGAUGCAUCAAGAGAAAAAUUACAAAAAUUAGGUGAAGGUGAAGGUACGAUGACUAAGGAAGAAUUCACCAAAAUGAAACAAGAAUUAGAAGCCGAAUAUUUAGCUACAUUCAAAAAAACUGUUGCAAUGCAUGAAGUUUUUCUUCAACGUUUGGCCAAUCAUCCUUGUUUUCGUAAUGAUGCUAAUUUUCGAAUAUUUUUGGAAUACGAAAAUGAUCUAAGUGUAAGAGGAAAAAACAAAAAAGAACGUUUGGUUGGUUUGUUUUCGAAUAUUCGUUCAUCGACUGAUGGUUUAGUGUUGAACACAACACAAAAAGAUAUUGAUGAAUUUUUCGAAGGACAACGAGUUCAACUAUCUGAUUAUUAUAAUGUUAUCAAAAAUCAAACCAUCAAAUCCGAUGCUAUGGUCAAAUCACAUAAAGCCGUGGCCGAUUCAUAUAUCAAAAUUGUAACACCAUUAGUACAGAUGGCUAAUUCACCCGAAUGUACACCAACGCCUGAAUUGACAAAAUUUUAUCUACGUAUUGCCGAUGCAUUAGAAAAGCUUCGUAAAACAGAAAAUCGUGUUGCUUCGGAUGAAGAUUUAAAGCUAUCCGAUCUAUAUCGAUAUUAUAUGCGCGAUACAGCAGCCGCUAAAGAAUUAUUAAAUCGUCGUCUUCGAUGUUUGGCAAAUUAUGAAACGGCUAAUCGUAAUUUGGAACGUGCACGUGCAAAAAAUCGUGAUGUACAUCAGGCUGAAAAUCAACAGCAACAAGCAUGUGAAAAAUUUGAAAACAUUUCCAAAUUAGCUAAACAAGAGCUAACUGAUUUCAAAAAACGUCGUGUUGUUGCAUUCAAAAAAUAUUUGGUCGAAAUGUCCGAAUUAGAGAUCAAACAUGCAAAGUCGCAAGUCCAAUUGAUACGAAAUUGUAUUGCAUCGCUUAACAAUGAUUGUACGAAUGAAGAAAAUUAAAUGGUUAAGGAUUUGAUGUUGAGAG